UAUGAGGGCCUGGAAAUUGUAAAAAACCCCGGAAGUUUCAGCUGUUAUUAUCAGCUGUGGCUUCCGUUUAAAAGUGUGCUCAGUCAUAAUCCCAUAGCUUAACCGUUACGAUACCGAUACUUAUCAAAAAGUCUUAAAUCGAGCUUUUAUUUUUAUUUGAGUUGCAAAUGACUGCAUGUUUUGUAUUCGACGUGUUGGUGUCACAGAGUCUGCUGCGCCUUCUGGAGUGUCCGGUGUGCCUGGAGUGGAUGGAACCGCCAAUCGCGCAGUGCCGCCGCGGCCACCUGGUGUGCGCCCGUUGCCGCACGCGGCUAGCUUACUGCCCCGUUUGCCGCACUGCUUUCUCUUCAGUCCGUAACCGCGCCAUGGAGGGAGUGGCCGAAAUGCUACGGUACCCGUGCCGGCACGGCUGCGGGCGCGAGGUGCGCCUGCGCCGCCGCGCGCCGCACGAGGCGUCGUGCGAGGCGCGCCGCUACCGUUGCCCCGCACCCGCCUGUCACGACAAGCCGCCCUACCCGCACGCCGAACUAUCCAUGCAUUUCCAGAAUAAACACAUAUCGAUGCUAAAAUUCGGGCGGAAGCACCAGUUCUCGAUGAAGGUCAAUACGGAACAGCACGACAACUGGAUUAUAAUGACUCUGCACGAGUUAUUCCAUCUGCGCGUCGAUGUCGACAUUCGCUCUUGGGGCGUCGUUGUAUACGUCGCUUACAUCGGACCUAAGUGUAAUGCGGCAGAUUAUACAUACGAGGUAACGGUUCACGGUCAUCACCACGCCCGCAAACUGGUUUACACGAGAUCCACGCACUGCGAUCUUGAAUGCUCUACACUAAACGUCAGUCGCCAGGAUUGCUUCCAUCUCACCCUCGACCAAGCGCUCAACUUCUUACGAGUCAUGAAUAGACACUGCGAGCCAGAUAAGUUCUUGAACUUCACUGUUGAAAUAAGCAAAUGCGAGGAGGUUGAAAAACGAGACUCCGAUUCUUGAGAUCAAGCUACGCCGUCUGACGGUCAAUCUACACGUCCAAGUGUUAUUAGCUACAGUGGGCGGCCCUUCACAGCUCCUGUACCCAUGAUGCUUCUAUUUGGGCAAGUUAUAACUGUAUACUUGGACAGAGGCGAAACGGUACCCAGCCGUAAUAAUACCCCUGCUAUUGAUCAAAAUAACUCUUAAAUAAAAAUAAGGGAAGAUUCGCAAUUUGAAUGGGUUGCUCUAGAUACUGAGCUUGGGAUAAGAAUAUAUCGGAUUAAAAAGGCUGAAUAACUGGUUAGCAGAAGUUAGCGAUAUACGUGUGUUUAUUUGAAUUAAGUUUAUGCGGGAAAUGUCUACUGACAAUUUUAUUAUAGUUGUUUAGCGACUGUGUGAAUGUCAAGAUCUCAGGAAUAUGUGUUAUUUAUACAUUUUGUUCUAUUGUUAAUCAUUAUGUGAACUAAAAUUUGUUUAUUGUUUUGAUCAUUGUUAGCAAGUUGAAAAGGUUAUGGAUAUCGAAAAAAAUUGUAUAACUUACACGCAGUAGCUUCAU